CGCCCUCUCGCUCGCUGCCUAGCGAAGGCGCGGAGGCGAGCGCGGAGAGCUGCCGCCGGCGCCGCCGCCGCCGUCAGGGCACCAGGAUGGCCGUGGGCUCUGUCAAGAUGCAGCCGCCGUGCGAGAGCCCAGCCCUGGCCUCGGCGGCCCCGGCCGACGGCCCCCUGCGCCGCAGCCCAAGCGCCCGGGAGCCGGAGCGCGAGCCGCCCGCCGCGUCUCUGCGGCCGCGCCUGAGGGACCUGCCUGCGCUGCUGCGGAGCGGGCUCACGCUGCGGAGGAAGCGGAGCGCCGCCGGGGCCCGGGCUCUCUCAAGAAGAAUUUCCAACCCGUACCUUGAACAUAGUCCUUCCCAGGUUUAUGGAGAGAAUUCUUCUUGUGCAGGAAGAGCACUAAGGAACAUUAUUAUUGUUCAAGCAGCUGACCUGGUAAAGGACAGAGUGAAUCUCAAGGGCUUUUACAGGAGAAGCUGCGUGGGGUCAGAGCUGGUCGACUGGCUGCUGGAGCACUGUCCUUUCGUCCAGUGUAGAGCCAUGGCCAUCGGGGUCUGGCAGCUCCUCUUGGACAUGGGGAUCCUGUCCUCAGUGGACCAACAUCUGUACUUUCAAGAUAAUUACGUUUUUUACCAGUUUUCUUCGGAUGAGUGUAGCUACUUGUACUGUGAAUUUGAAAGAGAAGAAGAGUGGCAGAACGGAGUGAAACUUCUGCUGCAGCUUGUGCGGCUCAUCCCUGCAAGAGCCGGCAUCUGUGACCAGUCUCACCAGAAAGUGGAGGACUCAGAAGAAAGCAGCGAAGAAAUUCUUGCUCGGCUAACAUCUGCGGUGCAGAGAGAGCUAGCGGCUGUUAUUGCUUUGAAAGCAAGAAAGUCUGCGAUUGAACAAGAUGAUGAAAGAACUGACAAGCACCUAGACGUGACAGAGGCGAGCGGUGACCCUGACCCUCAGGCUGGGGUGAUGUGCAAGCUUCGAGAGAGAGAUGAUACGGGCCGCAUCGAGCUGGUCCAGAAGCUGGCAAGAGAAAACUGUCAGUUUCUACAGACGGACAAAAAAGAACUGGAGAAGUCGGAACAACAAGAAGAUGAAGUGACGAUGGUUCAGGUUAAAGAACAAGGCCAGAGCGUGCUGGUGCUGAAGAAAGUAGCAAGCUGUGGCCCAGCCCCCACCACGGGGAGUGCGGAGAGCGACGCGAGAUACGUGGUGGUGUCCGGGACCCCGGAAAAGAUCUUGGAGCACCUUUUGAAUGACUUGCACCUGGCCGAGGUCCAGCACAAAGAAACAGAGACGCUGCUCGAUGACUUCCUUCUCACGUACACUGUCUUCAUGACCACCGACGACCUGUGCCAGGCGCUGCUAAGACACUAUUCUGCUAAGAGGCACCACGGGGAAGAAGAAAACUCAGAUGUCCCGUGCCGAAAGCGCAAGGUCUUACAUCUGGUUUCCCAGUGGAUCUCGUUGUACAAAGACUGGCUACAGGAAGAUGAGCAUUCAAAAGUGUUCCUAAAGACCAUAUACAGGAAUGUGCUAGACGACGUCUACGAGUAUCCAGUUCUUGAAAAAGAACUGAAAGAAUUUCAGAAGAUCCUUGGAAUGCAUCGCCGCCACACUGUUGAUGAAUAUUCACCACAAAGGAAGAAUAAAGCCCUUUUCCACCAAUUCAGUCUUAAGGAGAACUGGCUGCAGCACAGAGGGACUGUGGCCGAGACCGAGGAAAUUUUUUGCCACGUGUAUAUAACAGAGCACUUCUACGUCAGUGUGAAGGCGAAGGUUUCCAGUACAGCCCGGGAGGUCCUGAAGGUCGUGGCUGAGAAGCUGGAGCGAGCCGAAGAGGAUCUGGCUCUGGUGGCCGUCACGUUCUCGGGAGAGAAACAUGAGCUUCAGCCAAAUGACUUGGCCAUUUCCAAAUCCCUGGAGGCAUCUGGCCGGAUACAUGUCUACCGGAAAGAUCUGGCUGACACCCUGAACCCUUUUGCAGAAAAUGAGGAAUCACAGCAAAGGUCGAUGAGGAUUUUGGGGAUGAACACUUGGGACCUUGCUCUGGAAUUAAUGAGUUUUGAUUGGAGUCUGUUCAAUUCAAUCCACGAGCAAGAGCUGAUCUACUUCACGUUCAGCAGACAGGGCAGCGGGGAGCACACGGCGAACCUCAGCCUUCUGCUCCAGAGAUGCAACGAGGUGCAGCUCUGGGUGGCCACCGAGAUCCUGCUCUGCAGCCAGUUGGGCAAGCGUGUGCAGCUGGUGAAAAAGUUCAUCAAGAUUGCGGCUCACUGCAAAGCCCAGCAGAACCUAAACUCUUUCUUUGCCAUCGUGAUGGGCCUCAACACUGCCUCGGUCAGCCGGCUGUCACAGACCUGGGAGAAAAUUCCUGGGAAGUUCAAGAAACUUUUCUCCGAACUUGAGAGUUUAACGGACCCCUCCCUCAACCACAAAGCCUACAGGGAUGCGUUCAAAAAGAUGAAGCCGCCAAAAAUCCCCUUCAUGCCCUUAUUGCUUAAAGAUGUAACAUUUAUUCAUGAAGGAAAUAAAACAUUCUUGGAUAAUCUUGUCAAUUUUGAAAAGCUGCACAUGAUUGCGGACACCGUCCGAACCCUGAGGCACUGCAGGACUAACCAGCUUGGAAGUGACAUGUCUCCAAAGGAGCAGCAGGAGCUCAAGUCCUAUGUCAACCACCUGUAUGUCAUCGACAGCCAACAGGCCCUGUUCGAGCUCUCUCACAGGCUGGAGCCCCGGGCCUGAGUCGUGCCAAUCAUCGCCCCUGAGACUGUGGCACUCGGUGCAGAGGGAAGGUCUCUGUUCAGCAUGUUGCUUCCUGUGAGAAAAGAGGUUGCUGAGUUUUAUUAGCAUUACCACAAGACACGUGCAGAAAAGCUAGCCAAAGCAAGUUCCGGAAGUGACGUCAGCUACAGAGGUGGGAAAGCUCCCCGCUGCUGUCAGUGAGAAGACGGGAGCCACGGCAUCCUUGGAACAGGGUCAGCUUGUGGUGUGGCAGCACUAGGAAGAGAAAGCAUGUCAAUACACAGCAGCCAGUUUCUCUUCAGUAAGAUUGUGUGUAUAGCAGGAGGGACUGGCACUCUGUCUGCUCACCUUUCUGCCUGUAGGCUGUUAAGGCAGUGAGGGCAAC